AUGAAGAUUUCCGCUAUCAUCGGUACUCUGAUGGCCGCCGGCCUGGUUGCUGGCGCACCUCCUGCAGAGCGUCCUUCCGAGAUCUCUGAGCAGCUGCCACCGCCACCUUCUGGAACUGCUUCCCCUCCACUUCCUCAGCAGCAGGAGAAUAACAACAACAAGCGUGGAGAUGUCCUUCCACCUCCCCAGACCACCGACGUCCCUCCACCUCCUCAGAAGACCGAUGGCCCUCCCCCAAAGGACGAAAAGAACACCAACAAGCGUGAUAACGAUGUCCCACCUCCUCUGAGUAGCGAUGUUCCUCCUCCGCCUCAGAAGACUGAUGGUCCCCCUCCUAAGGAGGGCCAGAGUGACAACAACAAGCGUGACGAGACUCCUCCCCCUCAGAGCAAUGACAUCCUUCCUCCACCCCAAAAGACCGGCGGUCCUCCUCCCAAAGAGGGUCAGAGCGACAACAACAAGCGUGAUGAGACUCCUCCCCCUCCUCAGAGCAGUGAUGUCCCUCCUCCACCCCAGAAGACCGGCGGUUCUCCUCCCGAGGAGGGUCAGAGCGACAACAACAAGCGUGACGAGACUCCUCCCCCACCCCAGAGCAGCAACGUCCCUCCCCCACCCCAGAAGACGGAUGGUUCUGCCCCCAAGAAGCCUACUGAGUUUCAGGCAUAA